AUGCCACCGAUUCGCAAAAAGACCCUUCAAAAAGCGCUCAGAUUGAGGGAAGAAUUCAUUACACGGAUUUAUGAUAUUCCUCGUACGACUCUCCGAGAUCGACUGAAAGGCAUUGAAUAUAAGGCCGAAAAGCGCGCCAACAACCAUAAAUUGACUCAAUUUGAGGAGGAAUCACUUGUCAAAUGGGUGCUUGAUUUAGAUCGACGUGGAUUACCCCCCCGGCAUUCUCUUGUACGAGAAAUUGCUAAUUAUCUUUUAUCACAAUCUGGAAAUCAACAGGUUGGAGAAAAAUGGGUAUAUAACCUUGUUAAACGUCGCCCAGAGAUCGAUUCAAAAUUCUCACGAAGAUACAACUACGAGCGUGCCAAAUGCGAAGACCUAAAGAUAAUUCAAGAGCACUUUGACCGCGUACAAGAUGCUAUAUCUCAGUAUGGAAUCCUUCCGGAAGAUAUCUACAAUUUUGAUGAGACUGGCUUUGCUAUGGGAGUUUGUGCAACUGCAAAGGUUAUUACCGGAAGCGAUCGAUAUGCUCGGCCAAAGCUUUUACAGCCCGGAAAUCGAGAAUGGGUGACUGCAAUUGAAGCAACAAAUUCAACCGGUUGGGCUCUGCCUUCCGAUAAUGGUUGGACUACAGAUCAGAUAGGGUUAGAAUGGCUUAAAACCCAUUUUAUUCCUUAUAUCAAUGAUCGCACAAUGGGAAGAUAUCGAAUGUUAAUUCUUGAUGGUCAUGGAAGUCAUUUGACUGCAGAAUUUGACCAAAACCCAUUUGAAGGCCUUGAUCAGAUUCUUUCACGGAUGUCAAAGGCUUAUGAAACGGCUAGAAAUGACUAUUUGCUUGCACGGAAAGAAGUUGGCGAUUUACGAGCUGCAAAUGAAAAAGAGAAUCAAAAGCGCCAAAGGUCUAAUAAGCAGAUAUCUAUUGAGCAAGGGAUUACUAGAGAAGAAGCUCAAGCGCUCGUACAAGGUCAGGUUGAGGCAUCUCAAGCUGUUGUUACUGCUCCGGCUGAGCCGGAGCUCCCAGCUUCUCAACCAAUCGUACGCCGUCAAUUCCGCUGCAGUGGUUGUGGUGCUGAAGGGCAUAAAAUAAACCGAUGUCCUAGUCGUACUGCUAGUUAA